AUGUUGCUUUCCACCGUUGCUGUUCAUAGAACUGCUCUUCGCAACAUCCACAGCCUGCUGCGACCAGGAGGAGAGGCUCUUCUGUUGUUUGUGGUCAAUUCACCAAUGUAUGAUGCAUAUAUCGCCAUGCAAAACAACCCGCGUUGGUGUGACUUCAUGAAGGACGCUAAUAGCUUCAUCUCGCCCUACCAUCGUUCUACUGAUCCUGUGCUUGACUUCUCGACGGUGCUGCGGCAGAUGGGUUUCAACGUUCACGCGUGUCGCCUAGAGCACUUCCGCUACUGUUACCCCACGAUGCAGGACUUCAAAGAUUCUACAAUGGUCCUGAACCCAUUUCUGAAGAGAGUUCCGGAGGAAUUGCAGACUACCUUCAUAAAUGACUUCAUGACAGAAUAUCAAAGGGAAAAAGUGAAAUAUAUGUCGAUGGUCUCCAGCCAGGAAUCAGAGCGGAACGACACAGCACUAUAUCAUUUACAUCUAAUUACGCACGUGGAGAAGCACAAUCAGGAUGUUUCGUUCAUAGUGCGCAGCAUGUAUCAGCCGGGCCUGUACGUGCGCAGCAACGCUGCGCAGCGGGAGUGCGUGUCGCGCAUGCUGCGCGAGUGGGCGGGGCGGCUGCGAUGGUCGCGCGAGGAGCAGGAGGCCGUGCUGGACGUGGGCUGCGGCCCGGGCGACGUGACGGCGCAGCUCCUGCUGCCGCGCCUGCCCAGCAGCGUGCGCGUGCUGGUGGGCCACGACGUGAGCGAGGAGAUGGUGCGCCAUGCCGCCGCCGCCCACGCCGCGCUGGCGCCGCGCCUGUGCUUCCUGUGCACGGACAUCGCCGCGCGCGACCUGCCGGCCACGCCGCUGGGAGCAUGCGCACAGCAACUCCAGGGGUUCCACAAGGUCUUCUCCUUCUACGCGCUCCACUGGGUGGUCGACCAACGAACUGCACUUCGCAACAUACACAGCCUGCUGCGGCCAGGAGGAGAGGCACUCCUGUCGUUGGUGGCCAAUUCACCCAUGUUCGAUACAUAUAUCACUAUGCAAAACAACCCCCGUUGGUGUGAAUUCAUGCAGGACGCUUACAGCUUCAUGCCGCCCUACAAACGCUCAAUAGAUCCUGUGAACGACUUUUCUGUGGUGCUGCAACAGGCGGGGUUCAACAUUUACUCGUGCCGACUGGAGCACUUCAGCUACCGGUAUCCCACAAUGCAGGAGUUCGGAGAUUCUACAAUGGUCCUGAAUCCAUUUCUGAAGAGAGUUCCAGAGGAAUUGAAGACGAUCUUUAUAAAUGACUUCAUGAGAGAAUAUCAAAGAGAAAAAGUGAAAUAUAUGUCGAUGGUCUCCAGACAGGAAUUAGAGCAAAACGACACAUCAUUAUAUCAUUCAGUUCUAAUCACGCACGUGGAGAAAGACAAUCAAGAUGUCUCGUGAAGUAUGAAGUUCGGCCACCCCGAUAAUCCCAAGACCACGAAAUUAAGGAACUGACUCUGAAGUGGAUAAAUUUCUUUUUUUAACAUUACAUGGAACAAAUCUUUUGACCUCUUAGAUAAUACGGGCUUGGAGUGAUUUAUUAAAUUCUUGGUAACAAGCAAAGAUUUCAGAAUGAAUAGUAAAAAUGUAUUAUACAUGGUAAAAAAAGAUACAAAUAGAAAAUACUCACAAAAAAUAGAGCUCUUUAAACAAAUACAUUUUUUAAAUAAGUUCGUUCUCGUUUUAAAUAGUUCAUCUGUAAUAGAAUCAAAAGUUAAAUUGAAAACCAUGUAAUAGAAGCAAGUAACCAAAAAAUCAGUUACUUUUGGGAAAUAUGUAAAUUCUUUGUUGCUAAUGAAAUAAAAAUGAUUUUCUUAAGAA